AUGAUAGCAUUUGAGACAACUGGAAACCAUCAACCAAAACGCAUUAUUAGAAAACAAAUGUCACGGUUUUUAUUAGUACUCACGGUAUGGAGCGUGAAUGUCGCAGCACAGAAGUAUCCAAAAUAUCUUGGUUCUAAUGGAGGUGCACCAAGAUAUGAGCCAUAUCAGCCUAAUCAACAGAUAGCUUUACCUUCAAAUGGUGGUUCACAAACAAGUGUUGGUGGUCCAAAUGGAAUGGCCACUAGUGGUAGAAUUGCUUCUGAAGUUUUGCCAACCAGGAGUGGUAAUGGCAACCAAGUAAACAUUCCUUUAGAAGGAGGAAAUGCUAAUAACAAUGUUGAAAAUGUAUGGCAACAACAAAACUCUGGUAUGGGUGCAGGCUCUCCAAAUGCGGGAUCAAAUUAUCCAUGGGAAGUAAUCAGACCUGCAGUUGUUGGUGGUGGUAGUUUUAAUACAGGUGGAAUGCAGCGGCAAUCUGCACAGCCUGGUAGAAAAUCGGCGGGCAAUGGGUCUGGUUUGGGCGGAAUUUCAGUUGAUCCAGAUAUUCCAUAUGAACAAAUCCCCUAUAACAAUGGCGUCUUAUAUGAUAUAUAUCGUCAAUAUACUGGACCAGUUGAUCAUUACGUUAACGUAGCUCCCAACAUUUAUGAUCCCUCCGCCAUGUCUACUGCAUUAAAUGCCCCAAAUUAUUUGCCACCGAGUACGGCAAUGAAACCAGUCAGUAUACAACGCUCUGGGUCACCAUCGGAGCAAUUUGCCACCGAUAUAGGACAGGGACAAGGGAUAGAUAUAGCAGUUGGUAAUGGCAAGACUAUGAUACAAGGUAGAGGUGCAUAUCCAAUUGGAAAUGGAAGAACUAUAGACAGAAUACAAUUAGGCGGACAUGUUUAUGAACAACCGAUGGUAGAUUCAGUCCAAAGCAUAAUAAACGGUAGAGAACAUCCUGGUUCAAACGGACAAAUGCUAGACAUUAUCACUGGCAAUGAUGGUUCAAGAAAUGUCGAAGCAUUCAAUCUAGGAAAUAUUGACGCUAUAACACGAUCACACUUUCCAGGAAAAGGGGUUCAAAAUGUAGUGCUGGUUAUUCCAAUAAAUUUUGAUCAGCUAUUAGAACAGAGUCCGGGAACUGGUUCAGUUCUGGCGCAAAGUUUCGACCCAAAUCUCAUUGGAUGCCCAGGUCCAAAUUGUGGAACUAGUCCAGGUUUAAAUUUACCUUUAUCAGCAGGAUCAGCUAUUAACCAAGACAGUGGCUCGUUUAUAGAAGUCGUAGAUCAGUUAACAGAUCCCAGAGUGACCGAUCCAGUUGAAAAUUCAGGAUUUUCACCUGGAUGGGCGCCUGAAAUAAUCACAGAUCCACUCUAUCCGCCACCAACGAAUCAAAUUAUGGAAAGUCAACCAAGUUAUGUAUAUAAACCAAAAAGUAAAUUCAGCAAACCGACUUACAAUAAACGACCUUAUAGUAAACUAAAGCAAACAUAUGGUUCCUAUCGUCAAACAUAUGAACGUCCAAGAUCAUACAGCAAACCAAUGUAUAGAAGCAAACACAAUAUGUACGAAAAGCCAAAAGUAAAAUAUGGAAAACAUAAAUUAUUUUAUAGUAACGGCUACAAAAAACCGAAAAAGUAUACUAAUACAGUAAAUUAUGGAAAGCCAACUUAUCAAAAGAGGAAGUUAUACAGUAAACCAAGGAAAUACCAAGCAAAAUCGUCUUACAUUAAACGAAGAUCAUACAAAAAGAAUUAUAAGAAGGGAGGAUAUUAGGAUGACCAUCUGAAAUCGACACUUUUUUGUUGAAGGCGUCAAUGGAAUUUGUAAUACUUAAUUGAAAUCUUACGUCCCAUUUCAAAUGGCAGCAAAUGAAAAUGCUCAAGAUUGAUAUUCUGUUGGAAAUGUGUUCUCGUCAAGGUAAAACCACUCUUUUUGCUGUUCAGUUGGAUU